AUGGCGUGGCACUUGGUACAGCGGCAAGUCGGUCUUACCCGCACAGGGGGCCUCUGGCGCUCUCUCGGUCUAGAUUGGUGUUGGGUGGGCUCUGGUUCUGAUGUGGUAGGAUCAACCUCGGACUCAGAGGAAGAUAAGGAGGAGGACUCCGAAGAGGAAGAGGGUUUCCUUAUCCCGGAUGAGCGGUCCCUCGCAUCCUCGUCGUCGUCGGAGGAGAACUCUGAAGAGGAAGAAGCUCUCUUUGUUGCGUCUGAUGACUCUUGCCUAAUUGAGGAGGACAAAGACGAGGACUUUUUGGAUGAUGCAGGCGCCUUCGAGGCAGAGCAGGACUCCGAAGAGGAAGAUGCUUUCCUUGUCGUGGCUGGUGACUCUUGCCUGCUCGAGGAGGAGGAGGAAGACAAGAAGUCUGGGAAUGAUGCAGGAGGCUUCAAGGAGGCGGAGGACUCCGAAGAAGAAGACGAGGACUCUUUGGACGGUGCCGGAGCCUUCAAGCAAUCCCCAAUGUCAUACUCCAGGAUGGAGAGUGAGGAGGUGGAAAUAGGCGGAAAAGAUGGGAUCGGGCUGGAAGUCCUAGAAGCCUUAAUGCUAGGGAAUCGAAAUUCACAUGAGAUGGGACCCCAAACGUCCCCUGUCAGAUCUCAAAAGGACAGCUUUGAGUCGUACAGGGUAACGGAGAUAUGGGGUCAGGACUGGAGUCCCCGAAUGUGUGAUGAAAUUCAAACCUGUCCUCUCCCCCAAUGUAAAUACAGCUACAGCAGACACAACCCGUCCUCUCCCCAGUGUAAAUACAGCAGACACAAACCGUCCUCUCCCCAAUGUAAAUACAGCAGACACAACUCGUCCUCUCCCCAAUGUAAAUACAGCAGACACAACCCGUCCUCUCCCCAAUGUAAAUACAGCUACAGCAGACACAACCCGUCCUCUCCCCAAUGUAAAUACAGCAGACACAAACCGUUCUCUCCCCAAUGUAAAUACAACAGACACAACUCGUUCUCUCCCCAAUGUAAAUACAGCAGACACAACCCGUCCUCUCCCCAAUGUAAAUACAGCAGACACAAACCGUUCUCUCCCCAAUGUAAAUACAACAGACACAACUCGUUCUCUCCCCAAUGUAAAUACAGCAGACACAACCCGUCCUCUCUCCAAUGUAAAUACAGCAGACACAAUCCGUUCUCUCCCCAAUGUAAAUACAGACGCAACCUGUCCUCUCCCCAAUGUAAAUACAGCAGACACAACUCGUCCUCUCCCCAAUGUAAAUACAGCAGACACAACUCGUCCUCUCCCCAAUGUAAAUACAGCAGACACAAUCCGUCCUCUCCCCAAUGUAAAUACAGCUACAGCAGACACAACCCGUCCUCUCCCCAAUGUAAAUACAGCAGAUACAACCCGUCCUCUCCCCAAUGUAAAUACAGCAGACACACCCCGUCCUCUUCCCAGUGUAAAUACAGCAGACACAACCCGUCAUCUCCCCAAUGUAAAUACAACUACAGCAGACACAACUCGGCAUAUCACUUCCACUAG